CACGCAAAUUGCACCCACAUACAUCAAAAAUUGUUGCACCAAAACGUAUGAAACUACUAGCAUGCAUGCCCGUAAAUACCCGAUCUUGUCUGAUACGUUCACGUCACAGGAGAUCCGUUUCGCUUUAGAUUCUACAUAUCUCGGAAAUCAACUUCCGGUCUGACUAGUGAUCUCCCCCUCUUUCUGUUCUGUUUUGAAUGUUCUGUGUGUUCUCGCUGUGUUAUCUGUUCUCUCUGUUCUCCUUCCAACAGCGCAACAUGUCCGCGUACGUUCGCCCAGUAUCUUCAAAAGUUGCGUUCAAUCUCUAUCCGUGUUGCGCUGCUGUGUUGCUCCCGUGGCGCCAUCGCUACCGAAAAAGCGUUACGUAGUCAAACCGGCACCGAAACACAAAACGGUGGCCAAAGAAACGCAGAGGCUUCUGAUGGCCAUGAAAAUCCGACGCCCGGCCAAGACCUUCUACCAAGGCAUCCCGGUGCAGCAGCUGCAGUGGUGGCAGCUGCAGCAGCAGCAACAACAGCAGUUGCAUGAGCAACACCAGCUAAUGCUACUGCAAGAGCUGUCCUUUGACGAAGAAGAAGAAGAUGAUGAAGAAGAGUAUGAAGAUGAAGAGGACGAACUAACGCAAUCAGGACGCCGCAAGCAGCAAAAGCUAGUCUACGCCACGGAUGGCACACUGGUCCAACAGGACGAGACUCAACAGUUCCAGCAGCUCACACAACAACAACAGCAGUCGCAACUCUAUCAAAAUGGUCAAUAUGACAGCGGAAGCCAGGAAGAAUACGACACCGAAUUCGUACCGCAAGGUGACGAAAGUCUACCCUGGAGACAGUCCCGCAGCAAGUCACGGACUCCGGUCGCACCCUGGCGACGGGUUUCGCAAGAUCGGCGCACAUCCCGUGACCGAUCCCUGUCCAUUGAUAAACGCGAGGAAGUGAAACCCUGGACAGAACAAGUCGUCAAACUCAAGAAAACAACCAAGGAAGUCAAAAAGGUCGAGAAGGAGAAAUUGGAAACUGUUCAACUGAAACCGGCGCAGAUUCAAAAGUCGCAAAUUCAAAAGGAGCAACUUGAAAAGGUGGAGCUGCGUGCCUUCAAGAAAGACCAACAGACGGCAGAAAUUUCCGAGCAGAAAAUGGAGGAAAUGGUUGAAGCAAUCAUCAAGGAAGAUGACACAACCGACUAUGGAGUUCAAAAGCUGCGACAUGACGAGGACAUAUCCAUUUUGGAAAUCACCAAACAAGUAGACGAACUUAUACGCAAGGAAACCGAAAAGCCUGUUUCUUGGAGACGUGGAAAAAAGACCGAAGAAGAGCAAUUAGGCAAACAACAAUUCGUUGAAACUGAUGAGACAACGUUGCUCAAAGUAGAUCGUACCAUCGAAGAUGAAACGGUUGAAAAACAGAAACUUGAACUGUCUGUCGAUCAACAAGCUGGAGUUGCUUGGCGACGAGGCAAGAAGGCAGAACCAUUUGUGGAAACAGAAGAUUCCGCUCGGUUGAAAAUCGAUCAAACUGAAGAGCAGCAAGAGCAACUCAAACUGGAAGAACAGCCCGUACCAUGGAAAAGAGGACCCAAAAAACCUGUAACUGAACAGGUCAUUGAAACCGAAGAUACAACUCGCUUGAAACUAGCCGAAACUGAGCAGCAAGAGGUCAUUCAACCGGUUGAAGAACAACCUGUGGCUUGGAGACGAGGACCGAAGAAGCCGCAAGAACCAAAAGCCGAGGAAGCUCCAGCACCAGAGGAGCCAAAACCUGAAGAACCACAACUGCCACCUUGGAUGCGUGGAAGGAAACCUGGUCCAAAACGGGAAAUUCCCAAGCCACCAGAGCCAGAGAAGGUCGAACAAAUAACUCUGAAACCCACAGCUAGGCAAAAGAAAGAAAUACCAAAGGAAACCUUGGAGGAGGUAUCCUUGAAACCAGUUCCCAAGAAGCCGAUAGUCGAAGAAGUGAAACCUGAAGAGGUAGAAACUGUGGAAAUAAAGUCUACCAAACCAAAGAAACUUAAGGAGUUAACACCUCGGGAAGAACUUGAACAGAUGGAACCAAUAGAAUUCGAAGAGAAAGUUAAACCUUUUGUACCGGAGCCGGAAGAACCACCGAAAGCAUCCGAAGAGCCACCAAAGGAAGCCGAACCAGAACCUGAACAACCGACUUGGCGCCGUGCCCGAAAGGAAAAACCUAAGGAAGAAACUCCAGAAGAGAAGCAAUGGCCAACGGGCAAAAGACGACCUCUGCCUACGGAACCUAAGGAAGAAGUAGUACUCAAACCAAUUCCAAAACCUCAGAAGGAAGCAGAGCCGCUUCCAGAUAAAGAUCUAACGAUCAAACCAAAGCCACUUCCUGAAUUACCAGAAAAGCCAGAAAAAGAGACAGACAUCUCUUUCAAACCUUUACCGGAACAACCCGCAGAAGUCGUCCCAGAUGAAGUACCGGCUGCAGAACCUAUCGAAGAAGACCAAUCUCAUCUUCCUCCAUGGAGACGCGGUAAGAAACCUGUACCAAAACGCGAAAUUCCCAAACCACCGGAACCCGAAGGAAUCGAAAAGGUUACUUUGAAACCAACUGCUCGUCAGAAGAAGGAGAUACCUAAGGAGUCAUUCGAAGAAGUUUCCUUGAAACCUGUACCAAAGAAGGCCGAAAUCAAGGAAAUUGCUCCAGAGGAAGAGGAAGCUGAGGAUCUUAAACGAACCAAAGUGAAAAAGCCUCGUGAUAUCAGUCCCAAGGAAGAGCUUGAACAAAUGGAACCUCUCCGUGCAGAACCAGUCGAACGACCAGAGGUUCAGGAGCCUAUUCAACCUCCCGCUCCAGUCGAGGAGAAACCGAUUGAGCCUGUUGUUGAAGUGGAACAACCUACUUACAAGCGAACCAAGAAACCAAAGCCCGUGGAGGAAGAACCCGAGGAAAAGAAAUGGCCCACUGGAAAGCGAAGGCCUCUGCCGGAAGAACCUAAGGAAGAGAUCACAUUAAAGCCGAUUCCAAAGAAGGAAAAAGAAGAAGAACCAAAACCAACUAAAGAACCAUCAAUCAAGCCUUCCCCUCUUCCGGAAAUUCCAGAUGAACACAAGGAAGAAGACAUUAUCAUUCAACCACCAGUACCAGAAGAGGAUUCUCAUUUGCCACCGUGGCGACGCGGCAAGAAGCCAGCUCCAAAGAGGGAAAUUCCUAAGCCAGCAGAACCCGAAGGCAUGGAACAGAUCAAAUUGAAACCUACUCCCAAGGUGAAGAAAGAGCUACCAAAAGAAGCUCUUGAAGAAGUUGCUCUGAAGCCAGUUCCAAAGCAACCUGAGGUUGCCGAAACAGUAGCUCUUGAACCCGAAAUUUCCGAAGUUAAAGAAGUCAAGAUUGUGAAACCAAAGGAGCCUAAACCAAAACGAGAAAUUGAACCUUUGGAAAGACCAGUUUUCCCGGAAAUACCAGAACCUGAACCGGUCAUAUUGGAAGAAGUCGAGAAGGUACCGGAAGAAAUCGUUAAACCGGAAGAACCAGUACCGGAGCAACCAUCCUGGAGAAGAACGAAAAAACCAAAACCAGAAGUAGAAGAACCGGAAGAGAAGAAGUGGCCUACAGGAAAGCGUCGUCCACUGCCAGAAGAACCGAAAGAGGAAGUAAUUCUGAAGCCGAUUCCCAAGCCACAGAGAGAAGAAGAGCCAAAACCUGUGGAGGAACCUAAAAUUAAGCCAAAACCGGUUACAGCUCCUGAAGAACCAGAAAAACCGGAGCCAACACCUUGGCGCAGAGGCAAAAAGGAGAAACCGGUAGAAGAACCGGAAGAACAGAAGGAAUGGCCUAAAGGCAAACGCCGUCCGCUGGAAGAGGUUCCCAAAGAAGAAGUCAUUCUCAAACCGAUUCCCAAACCAAAGAAAGCCGAAGAACCGCAACCUCCGGAAGAGGUGACGUUGAAACCGCUACCUAAAUGGGAAUCACCUGAAGAGCUGGAACUGCCAACGCAGAAAACACCAGUGGUAGAAGAACUUCCAAAGCCGGCUGAAAAGAAAGAGGAACCAACUGCUUGGCGCCGUGGUAAAAAGGAAAAACCUGCGGAGGAACCUGAAGAAGUAAAGGAAUGGCCAAAGGGCAAACGCCGUCCAAUUGAAGAGGAACCCAAGGAAGAAGUUACCUUGAAACCAAUUCCAAAACCAACGAAAGAAGAAGUUCCCAAGGAGCCGGAACAGGUGGAUUUGAAACCUCUGGAGAAACCGGAACCAACUCCGUGGCGUCGUGGAAAGCCAAAGGAGAAGCCUCAAGAACCAACACCACCAGAGGAGGUUAAGUUGAAACCGAUUCCGAAGCCUGCUGAAAAAGAAGAAGAAGCCAGAGAGGAAGUAGUCCUGAAGCCGGUUCCUAGACAGGAGGCGAUUGUAGAAGACGUACCAAAGGCAAUUGAGUUGAAACCAGUUGAAGAUCAAAAAGUUCUGAAGGAAGUACGUGUAGAAGUUGAAGAACAAAUUGUUACGAAGACUAAGCGUCGAGUAAAGAGACCCAAAACGCCUGAGGAACAGUUCGCUACUGAGAACGUCGCUCCCAUGGAAGAGGUUGAAUCAUUUGACGAAAAUGAAGAACUGCCCCAUGUAGCCGAGACGAUUGCUGAUAUUGUUCCAGAGGAAGUAUUGGAGCUGAUUCCGGAAGAGAUUCCGUUGGAGAAACCGAAGAAACGAAAGUCUAGAACGAAUAAGCAUGUGGUAUUCAAAGAGGAAUUGAGCACGUACGAAAUUCAACCGGAGGUCGUUCAAGAUGAAGAAGAAGAAGAAGAGGAGGAAGAGGAAGAAAUUCAGCAGGAAGUUUCGCAGAAGACUAUUCAACUGAAACCGACGGAGGUGACUGAAGUGAAACCAGUUCCAGUUGAAUCUAUUCCAAUUGAGGAAAUAAUUGAGGAACAAGCAGAAUUCCGUAAGGAAAUGGAAGUCAAGGUACAGUCCAAUAUUGUGAAAAAGGAGAAACGACGAGUAUUUGUCGACGACAGUCAGCCCCUACCGGAAUUGGAGAUAAUUACGCAGAAGCGUGUCCAGGAGGUAACGGACAAGAUAGCAGAAGAAAGUGUCCGAGAAGAGCAACGUAUUAUGGAAACAACCCAGCAAACUGUUGCUGAAACUAAGAUCCAAGAACAAAAGAUUAAAAUCAAAAAGCAGAAAGUUCAACCACCGAACUUCAUUGAGAAGCUACAACCGCAAAUCUGCGAACCAAAUCAACCGGUUCUGUUGCAGUGCAAGAUCGAAGGAAUUCCGUUCCCGGAUGUAAAAUGGUACUUCAACGACACGGUGUUGUUCGCGAGUCCUGAGUAUGUGAUGAACAUUGUGGAGGACGUUGCAACACUGGAGAUCGCCACAGUAAUGCCAUAUCAUGUAGGAGUGUACACUUGUGAGGCAAAGAACGUCGCCGGAGUGGCCCUUAGUAAGGCAAACAUCGUAGUACAGGCAAAGCCAGAAGUUGGAGAAGCACCGACAUUCAUAACUCCACUGAAAAUUUCCGUAAAUGAAGAUAAAUCGGUGGCUACCGUUACUUGCCAGGUUCAUGGAAUCCCUAUGCCUAAGGUGCGUUGGUUCCGAGAUGAAGAAGAAAUCGUUGAAAUCGAAGAAAUCGAAACGGUUUACAUCGAGGAGACAGGACACGUUAGACUGACGGUGAAGAAACCAAAGCAAAACGUUCCGGUUGUGUACACUGUUCAGGCCGAAAAUAAGUUUGGAAAAGCUGUAGGAAAGGCAAAUCUGUUCAUUCAGUCGAUAGUGAUCGAGAAGCCAAAGAUUGAAAUGAUAGCUCCCAAGAUUGUGGAACCGCUGCAGGCUCAAGUGGUGAAGACCGGAUCGACAAUGGUAUUUGAAUGUAGGUUCACGGGAGUUCCAAAACCAACCGUGAAAUGGUUCAGAAACAGCAAGGAAGUUGUGGAAGAAGAGGAAGUCACCAUAGUGACAGAAGAAUACUAUAGUAAGAUUGUAAUCACGAAGAUGACCAAGAAACGUGCUGGAAAGUACGAGAUUGUGGUUCGCAAUGAGGCUGGCGAGGCAAAGUCUUCUGCUUCGGUUGCCAUUUCGGAUACGUCAGAAAUGGAUGAAGCAAAGGCUCCCAGGUUUGUAGAGCCGCUGACGCCAAAGUUGGUUGCAGAAGCUGAAGUUUGUAUCUUGGAGGCAGUGGUAGAUGCUUACCCGACAGCUACGUUCCAAUGGUUCCGUGAAGGUGCUGCCAUCAAGUCUACUAACGAGUUACGCAUAGUCACCGACGAAAACAAAUCCAUCUUGAUUAUUGAGUCAUUCAAUAGAAGGCGAGACGUGGGUGCAUACACGUGCCGAGCGGAGAAUGUGGCGGGUUCAGUGACAUCGACAGCCACCGUACAGGUGCUAGAAGCGGUCGAAUUCGAGGAAGUUACCGAAUAUAUAUCACCACGUUUUAUCGAACCGAUAAAACCAACGCGUGUUAUGGACGGCGAGAAGUUGAUACUGGCGUGUCAGGUUGUGGCAGCGCCAUUACCGAAGGUCCAGUGGUACCACAACGAGCAGCUGAUUAUCGAAACGAAGGAUAAACAGUUCCAACAGGACAGCAGUGGCCGAUGUGUUCUGACCGUUUCAGAGGUAUUCCCAGAGGAUACGGGUGAGUAUACGUGCGUGGCCAGCAACAAGCUCGGCGAAGCGAUUUGCAAGACUACAGUGAAAGUCGAACCCUUCGAGUAUGUUCCCGAUUCGGAACAAUUCCGUAGCUCCGAGGAGGAUUUGUUGACCGACAAGUCUAUCUCAACAUUGGAGGAAUACGCCGAACCGAUUGAGUAUGCUCCGCAGAUUGUGAAGCAGCUUCCCGAGGUGAUCAUGUCGGAGGAACGUCAACUGACCAAGCUCGAGGUAAAAGUACUCGCUCAACCGAAGGCUCAGAUUCGUUGGCUCAAGGCCAACGAAGAAAUCAUCCCGUCCGAAGAAUUCCAGAUUGAGAAUUUCGAAGACGGAACAUCGAUCUUGGUCAUCAACGACAUCUACCCGGAUGACUCCGGUACCAUCACAUUCGAAGCGCACAACGCCCUGGGGGUUGCCACGACUACCACCGAGCUGGUAGUGGAAGAGCACGUCGGAACCAAGGCCUACAGGAAACCAGAAUGGGUACAAUACAUGGAAGACAUGAAAGAAGCACUACAAGAAACACCCGACAUCCGUGAAGACACCGCCAUCACUACAACCACUACAGUCACUACAGCCACAGUUGGCAAGAAAAAACACAAAAAGACCAAAUCAGAAAAGAAACACAAAGAAAUCAUCACCGAAACUAUUCAAACCGAAGAAGAUGAAAGCAUUGCCACAUUGAGACAGAAAACACUCAUUCUUCCACUGAAGCCACUCUUACCGAGCGAGGAAGAAAUGUUAGACGAAAUGGCCGUCGAGUUCCUCAAAUCGCCUACGCGCGAAACCAGGGAACUUCCGUUGGGAAUCGCAUCAAUUUCAAGUCUACCAUCCAUUCUUGCUCAGGCUACCAAUCUGGAACCGAGCGAGACAACCAGUAGCAGUGCCUCCAUCGAUAUCAUUCCCCAACGAUCGAUGGUCACUGAAGAAAUACUGGUUUCGGAACGUGAAUCUGAUUCUGUCAUUCUGGAUAGCAGUAAACUAUCCAGCGUGCCCAAGUACAAUAUUAUAGGCCUUAACGAAUCUGUGCAGGUUUCCGAAGUUCUCACUGAAGAGCUUCCACAAGAAACUAGUCACUCUAAACCCGCGACUCACUCUGCAAAAACUGAACUGAUACCCACUCAGCCUCUUCAGAUCAGUGAAUCUAUAACUCAUGAUUCCGUCUCUGAACUAUAUACCCAAUCCGAACAACCGUCAAGUGCCAAAGUUGAACUCUUCACCCAUGAUGCCAAGAUUGUACAGGAAACUAUCAGUAACCUCUCAGAAGAAGGUCUAACGUUGCCUCAAGCCCCAAUAUCUUCUAAAGCUCACCCAACUGUUCUAUCUAGGGAAUCUAUCGAAGUCACUGAAGUAAACAAAAUCGAAAAAGAACUUGAUUUCGACUCACAGAUAAAACUCCCUGCAGUGACUCCCAAAUAUCACAUCUUACCAUCUGAAUCCAUUCAAACUAGUGAAACGAUCGCUGAAGACAGUCCGAGCAAGUUUUAUCCUGAGCUGGCCGUUCCCACUGAGUCUGCCCGUAAAGUUUUCAUUGAACAAAAAUCAUACACAACUCAUGUUCUCAAUGCCCCAGAAAAGGAAGACAUCUACGUUCCAGGUCGUCUACCUCCCCAACAGACAGCAGACGUACUCCUGUCGACCACUGAAUCCCUUCAAAUCGCCGAACAACCUUCUCAAGAGCAUGAGUCAGAACUCGCUGCCGAACCGAAACCAACCACCUAUAAAGCCAUUGACUCCGUCACAACUGUGGAAGGACUUACCACAGAAACUGUCAACGAAGCAUUCUUCACGAAACCUUUCGAAACGGAGACCUACGAAAGUCGCACUGCUACGAUUGAUUUCCGUGAACAGACAACAGUCUCCAUCUCCAAAGUUGUCAGCAACGAAGCCGAAUCGGAUCUGGCACCAUUUACGUUGGCAGCAUCUGCCAAGGCUUCAACAACCCUCACCACGCUCUCGAUAGGCGAAUCAGUUCAACCAUUCGUACACGAAAAGGAAACAUCUCAUCAGGGAGUACCGCGACCUAACGAAGCCACCGCCGAAUCUAUACUCGAGCCAAUAGAAAACAUCUCCAUUACGGAAAUCGAAACGGCCGAUUCGGCAGGGCGUUUCUCUCCGGAAGCCAUGGAAAGAACCGAGACAGCGACCACCGCAUUCAACCUGCAACAGUCACACGCCGUAUCAUCUGUCCAAACCAAUGAAAAAGAAACAGAUUUCGUGGAUAGAAUCGACCAGAAACCUGUCUAUGCAGCCACACAAGUCGAUGUUCAAAACCAGUUGGAAGUUAUCACACACGAAACUAACGAACGGGAAGUUUCCUUCAGUGCUCCACAGAUGCCAGCAGACCAGCUAGCAAAAACAGUCCCAACUGACAUGUUGAAAUCUGUGCUAAUCCAUGAAACCACAACAAAUCUGUCCACAUCGGACUUACCUCAACCAACUCAAGAAAUAUCAUCUGCCCAAGUCCGUACCGACAACCUAGAGGAGAAAAUCGUUGCGGAAACCACUAUCUACGAAGGCACCCAAGAUUACGAAAAGGCCUUACUGCCAGAACAGAAAACCGCUGAUACAACCCUCCAACCAAACACCGAGCUGGUCGUGAUCGAAGUUGUUACCGAGCAGAAAGAACGCGAAGGGUUCGACGCUCAAGAAAUAGCCAAAGACUACACGGCCAAACAAGUUCCAACGCAUUCGCUGAAAACGGUUCUGGUCGAAGAAACACUACUUUCCGACAGCUUGGAUCAAGUUCCAGAGGCGGUGCAUCUAACAACUUCGGCAGCGAUCAAGGACGAUCGGUUUGAAGAAACGAUCAUAUCGGAAGCUAUGAUUCUAGAACGCACAGAGCAUUACACCGCACCAGAUGCACCAGCACCGAAAUCAGUCGACACCACAGCAGAACCUUUGGAAAGUCUAGUCGUUACCGAGGUAGUUUCCGAAGUAAGAGAACAAGACGGUAUCAAAGUCGCCGACAUUGCCAAAAAUUAUGUAGCGAAGGCAUCAGCAACGGAAGCCUUGAAAUCCGUUUUGAUUGAGGAAGUUCAAAUUUCAAACAUUACCGGUGAUCUGUCAGAACUAGAUGUCCAAACAUCUGCUGCCACCGUGAACAGAGAUGAGCUCGAGCAAACCACCGUCAUGCAAGCUCUUGUAUUAGAAGGACUGAACAAACUUCCCGAGGAUACCACUCCGGAGUGGAAAACAGCUGAAGCUCUUCUUAGUCCGAAGCGAGAGUUGGCGAUCACCGAGGUCAUCGCCGAGCAAAAGGAACGGGAAGGUUUCGAUAUUCAUGAAAUCGCAAAAGAUUACGUGGCGAAACAAACUCCAGCACACAUGCUCAAGUCAGUCGUUGUAGAAACAACAGACGCCACGGAUUCGGUAGGAGAUGUUCCAACACUUCAAAUGGUGGAAUCAUCUGCCGUUGUAAAAACGGAUCAAUUUGAGGAGAAAAUUGUCAGUGAAACAACGGUGUUUGAAGAAACACGACAGCACGAAGAGCAAGAGGUUACCACAAGACAAGCUGAACCAUCAUUGCUUCCUAUUUCGGAGCUGGUUGUUACGGAAGUAAUACCUGAACAACGCGAAAAGGAAGGAUAUGACGUGCAUGAGAUUGCCAAGGAUCACACAGCGUUGAUAGUUCCUAGCCAUGCGCUCAAAACGGUUCUUGUGCAACAGGUUCUCACAUCAGACACCGUAGAUCAAGUAAUCGAAGAAGCUCCUCAAAGCAGUUCUGCCACGGUUAAAAGCGAUCAUUUGGAGCAGAAAACCAUAUCUGAAACCGUUGCAUAUGAAGAUGUUGAACAAGUUCCCGACGAACAAAAGCCAACUCAAAGAACAGCUGACACCGUUGUACAACUAGUAAAUGAACUGCUGGUAACGGAAGUAUCUCCGGAAGAAAAAGAGCGCGACGGAUAUUCAAUUGUCGAGCUAGCGAAAGAUCACGUCGCUAAGACUGUUCCAACCGAUACGUUCAAGUCGGUUACCGUAGAAGAGGUUCUAACUGCAGAGGACUCGGAACGGUUCGAAAAAAUCGAAACAACCACAACAACAGCCUCGGUGAGAAGUGAUCAGUAUGAACAAACUACCGUGCAGGAAACCAUGAUCUAUGAAGACACCGAACGGUACCAAAGCUCUCAACCAACGGAAAAAUCAGCAGAAACUGUUGUAAUGCCCAUCUCAGAACUGGUUAUAACUGAAGUAUAUCCUGAGCAGAAGGAAAAAGAAGGAUACAAUGUCGUUGAAAUGGCAAAGGAUAACGUCGCGAAAACCAUUCCAUCCCAUACUUUAAAGUCUGUUACAGUUGAAGAAGUACUGCUAACCGAAAAGGAAGAACAUCUGGCAAAAUCCAAAACGGUAACGUCGACUGCUGCGAUCAAGAGUGACGAAAUGGAACAAAAAACUAUCUCAGAAACAAUGGUCUACGAAGGUUCAAUACUUCUCACGGAAGACGAGCAUCCUUCGAUGAAGCAAGCAUCACCUGCUUAUCAACCGAAUACGGAAGUCAUUGUAACUGAGGUCGUUCCUGAACAGAAAGAACGUGAAGGUUUUAGUAUCGAGGAGAUAGCUAAAGAUCACGUGGCAACAGCAAUACCUUCACAUACAUUGAAAUCUGCUCAGGUUGAAGAAACGCUAUCUUCGGAGAAUGUUGAUAGUUUAGCAGAGGUAUCCAGCGCUACUUCAUCUGCAAUGUUGAAAGAAGACAAAUUUGAAGAAACAAGCGUACAAGAAACUGUAGUUCUUGAAUCCAUCGCAAGGUACGAUGAUCAGACCAAACCCGAUCACAAGACCGCUGAUAGCGUACUUACACCAAUUAACGAGUUGGUGGUAACCGAAGUAAUCGCUGAGCAAAAGGAGAAGGAAGGAUACAGUGUCGCAGAUAUUGCUAAAGAUCACACCGCAAAGGUGAUUCCAUCGGAUGCAUUGAAAUCGUUAACUGUGCAAGAAGUUACCCCAGUGGAUGUUCUAGGUAAAAUUCUCGACGCAACGCUAGACUCCAAAACAGCGACUAUCAAAAAGGAAGAAGUCGAGCAGACCACUACGUCCGAAAUGUAUAUCUAUGAAGGUCUUCGACAAUAUAGUGAAGAGAAACCUUCCGAAAGAGUGGCAGCACCAAAUGUGGAAGCUAUUAGUGAGCUGGUUGUAACGGAGGUCAUUACAGAGCAAAAGGAGAAAGAAGGAUACGACGUACAAGACAUUGCAAGCAACUACGUUGCCAAAGAAGUGCCAUCGCACACACUGCGAUCUGUACAGGUCGAACAAGUUCUUCCAUCGGAUGAUGUUGGCCACAUCCCAGAUCAAGAAGCUCAAACCUCCCACGCCAAGCCAAUCGAAAGCGAAAUAGAACAAAAGAUUAUAUCAGAGAAUGUUGUAUUGGAAAACAUAGACACUAUGGCUGAGCAGGUACAACCAGAGCAAAAAUCAGCUGAAGCCAGCUUGCAACCAAGCACAGAGCUAAUCGUUACGGAAAUUGUUACCGAGCAGAAGGAAAAGGAAGGGUUCAGCGUAGAGGACAUUGCUAGCCAGUACGUUGCUAAAUCAGUUCCCGCACAUUCUUUGAAGUCAAUUAUUGUUGAAGAAGUCGUCACUUCUAGCGCUACCGGAGAUGUUCAGACCGAUGAAAAAAGUAUGUCCACUGCUCAAAUUCGUGAAGAUGAACAUGAGCAAACAACUGUCACCCAACAGGUUAUUCUGGAGAACUUUGAACAAAUCGAAAAGUCUGUUCAGCCAGAGCAAAAAGUUGCUGUACCAUCGGUACAAACAAAGGAGGAGCUGAUAAUUACCGAAAUAGUUUCCGAACAAAAGGAAACCGAAGGAUACAGUGUUGAGGAGAUUUCAAAGAACUACUCAGCCAAACAAAUUCCUUCCGAUACGCUGAAGUCAGUUACUGUGGAAGAAGUACAACUUGCCGAUGGAAUUGAAAGCAUUCAGGAACUCGAAACCGUCUCAUCGAGAGCAACUGUUCGGAAGAACGAGUACGAAGAGACCACGGUUUCUGAAACAAUGGUUUACGAAGAGUUGGGAAGACAAAUGGAUAAGAUAACUCCAGAGCAAAAGACGGCAGAUACUACUGUGCAACCGAAUACAGAAUUAGUAGUUACUGAGGUUGUACCGGAGCAGAAGGAAAAAGAAGGUUACGAUGUGCAUGAAAUCGCGAAGGACUACGCUGCCAAACCUGUAACCGAAGGGUUGAUGCGAUCGUUGAUAGUUGAGGAAAUUCAGCCAACAGAUCGUUUAGGGGUUGUAUCGCAGGUUACAGAAGAGCAAUCGGCCACAGUAAGAAAGGACCAAUUCGAAGAAACAACCGAAACGGAAACUAUAGUUUAUGAGGCUACCAGUGGUAUCAAAGAGUCUGUGGAACCGGACUCUAAAACGGCUGAAGUGUUAGUUCAACCUAAUGCAGAUAUUAUAGUAACGGAAGUAGUUAGUGAGCAGCGCGAAAAGGAAGGUUACGAUGUCAAAGAAAUUGCUAAGGACUACGUCGCUCAAGCUGCACCAGCCAAGACGUUACGGUCGGUACUAGUAGAACAGGUUGAAGUAACGGAAGAUGUUGCUAAGUUGGGGCUGCUAGAACACAUAGAACAUACUGCCACAGCAAGCAAGGAUUCCCAUGAACAGACCAUUGUCACUGAAACCUUGAUCUAUGACAACAUCAUGCAGCAGGAACAAGCAUUGCUUCCUGAACAGAGGCAAGCUGCACCCAGUGUAGAGUCCAUGUCAGGUGUAACAAUCACAGAAGUUAUAGCAGAGCAAAAGGCGAAGGAAGGCAUUCAUGUCUCGGAAAUGGAUCAACAAAAGGCAAAACUGGUUCCAAGUGAAGUUCUGAAGUCCUUAACAGUAGAGCAAGUGCAGCCACUGCUCGAUGCAGCUGAGGUUACACAUGACGACACAAAACCAUCAAAAGCAUCGAUAAAAACUGAUGAACUGACCGUUUCCUCAGUUACCGAAACUACGACAUUCGAAGAUGUUAAAGAAUACGAAUCUAAAAUCAAAUUCGAUUGGCAUAAUGCCAAGUUAGUUCCUGCUGAAGUGUUCAAAAGUCUGUCUAUUGAACAAGUGCAGCCUUUCCUAUUCACCGAUAUUGUACCGGAAGAAAUGCUUAAGCCUUUAUCAGUAGUAGUCAGAACAGAUGAGUAUGAGCAGGUGAUUGCAUCUGAAACAACAGUCUUUGAAUGCUUGAAAGAUUUUAUUGAAAAAAUGGAACAUGAAGAAUAUUUUGCCAAGCCAAUCACAGGACACAUUCUGAAAUCACUCACAGUAGAACAGGUUGUAUCACUUCAACACACUGGAGAUAUAGAACAGUUCAUUACGAAGGCUACGUCUGCCCUUAUGAAAUCAGACGAACGUGAACAAACCACUAUCACUGAGUCUAUGAUCUAUGAGGACCUAAAGGAAUACUUCGGUAAACUAGAAAUUGAAGGACAAACGGCAAAGCUCAUCCCCAGCGAUGUUCUUAGAUCUCUAACUGUACAACAAGUUCAACCCCUUGACGAGUUGCAAGAAGUUUCACUUGAACAUAAACCAACUUCUCAAGCUGUAACAAAGACCGAUGAGCUAGAAGAGACAGUUACAAGCGAAGCAAUGGUUUACGAAGGUUUGAAAGAGUACAGUGGCGAACUGACACUUGAUGAACAUCUAGCCAAACAAGUGCUUUCCUCUGAGCAAAAAUCACUUUCGGUUGAACAAACUGAAACUUUCAUUGGAAUCGGAGAAGUUAAAACAGAAGCCGCUAAGCAAUCUGAGGCAGUUAUUAAAACAGAUGAGUUCGAACAGAAAAUAAUAUCUGAAACAACAAUUUUCGAGGGAAUACAGGAAGGUCUAGCAAAGAUGGCAUAUGACGAGAAAUAUGCAACUCCUGCUGUUGAUGCAUUAAAACUACCAUUGAAAUCAGAAGUGGGUACAACUGAUGCAGUUGAAGAUUUAUCAGUUCAAUUGAAAAUGCAGCAAGACAGAGCAACAAGCAUCAUCAUUGAACAGACUAUUGCUUCUCAAACACAAACCAUAACACAUGAUUCGUUAGGUAACCUUAAGGCACCAGAUGCGAUAGAUUCCAAACAUGCGAUUCCUCAAGUUUCGGAUAUCCACGUGCCAUCACAGCUGGAAACAGUACCAAGUGAGGCUCUUGAGCAGCUCAAGCAACAACAGGAUACACUCGAACGUAGUGCCACAGUUAACAUCAGCGAUUUCAUUGUACCAUUACAAUCCCAUACAAUAUCAGCGGACACUACAGCACCAUUCGAAGAAACCACCGAACCACGUAAGUUUGCCACCAAAUCUAUACAGGAAGGCCUGAGAGCAGCCGAAUGUAUGGAGGUGUCCAGUAAUGAACUAAAUGACAUAACAGAACCCACUGAAGCCCCUCAUGGACAGGCAUCAGUAUCAUUCACAACUAAUACCAUUGCAAACGUAAUGGAAACAACUACACACGAAAAUGUAGAUAACAUAACUGUACAUAGAGAACCUACAGAGCGGUUUGCUCAAUUAACACAAUCGAUGUUCGACAUCUACGCAGAGUCUAUGCCACUCAUAAGAGAAGAUCACACACCUAUAACUGCAAUUCAAACACGAACAUACAAACAGUCAUUACACGAUGAAACAACAGAACAUACAACAAACCAAGAGCAACAGAUGAUUUCACAAAUCCAUCAGCCACUACAGAUACACGCCACACACGAAGAUCAAACAGAAGAAACAUUCGCCAAUAUCACAAUCCAAAAGAAACGUAAACAGACACAGCAAUAUGUGGAAAUAAAAGAAAACAUUGAAGAAAUGCCAGAGGUCAUCAAUGUGACUGAAAUCAUCACUGCUGAAGGUAUAACUAAGAAACAGAUAACCAAGAAGCGUGUCAUUAAAAAGAAAAUGGGGAAAAAAGAACAGGUCACCGAAAUCGUCACUGUCCAAGAAGACGAUGAGUUACCUCAAACAACUGUCACCAUCACUGAAUCCGAGCUGCCGUUCGAAGAGGUCACCGAAUUCAAACCAUCUUUAGUGGAGCCUCAGGAAGCCAUCAUUCAAGAACUUCCUGAAGAGGUCAAGGUCACUGAGGUGAUUACUGAAGAAGGCAAACCUAAGAAGCAAGUCACCAAGAAGCGUGUUAUCAAGAAGAAGGCCGGAAAGAAGGAACAGGUCACCGAGAUCGUCACUGUCCAAGAAGAUGAUCAGUUGCCUCAAACAACUGUCACCAUCACUGAAUCCGAGCUGCCGUUCGAAGAGGUCACCGAAUUCAAACCAUCUUUAGUGGAACCUCAGGAAGCCAUCAUUCAAGAACUUCCUGAAGAGGUCAAGGUCACCGAGGUGAUUACUGAAGAAGGCAAACCUAAGAAGCAAGUCACCAAGAAACGUGUUAUCAAGAAGAAGGCCGGAAAGAAAGAACAGGUCACCGAGAUCGUCACUAUCCAAGAAGACGAUCAGUUGCCUCAAACAACUGUCACCGUCACUGAGUCCGAGCUGCCAUUCGAAGAGGUCACCGAAUUCAAACCAGCACUACUGGAACCUCAGGAAGCCAUCAUUCAAGAACUUCCUGAAGAGGUCAAGGUCACCGAGGUGAUAACUGAAGAAGGCAAACCUAUAAAACAGGUUACCAAGAAACGUAUAAUCAAGAAGAAGGCCGGAAAGAAGGAACAGGUCACCGAGAUCGUCACUGUCCAAGAAGACGAUGAGUUACCUCAAACAACUGUCACCGUCACUGAAUCCGAGUUGCCGUUCGAAGAGGUCACUGAAUUCAAGCCAUCUUUAGUGGAGUCUCAGGAAGCCAUCAUUCAAGAACUUCCUGAAGAGGUCAAGGUCACCGAGGUGAUUACUGAAGAAGGCAAACCCAAGAAACAGGUUACCAAGAAACGUAUAAUCAAGAAGAAGGCCGGAAAGAAGGAACAGGUCACCGAGAUCGUCACUGUUCAAGAAGACGAUGAGUUACCUCAAACAACUGUCACCGUCACUGAGGCCAAAUUGCCGUUCGAGGAGGUCACCGAAUUCAAGCCAUUUUUGGUGGAGCCUCAGGAAGCCAUCAUUCAAGAACUUCCUGAAGAGGUCAAGGUCACCGAGGUGAUUACUGAAGAAGGCAAACCCAAGAAACAGGUUACCAAGAAACGUAUCAUCAAGAAGAAGGCCGGAAAGAAGGAACAGGUCACCGAGAUCAUCACUGUUCAAGAAGACGAUCAAUUGCCUCAAACAACUGUCACCGUCACUGAGUCCGAGCUGCCAUUCGAAGAGGUCACCGAAUUCAAACCAUCACUUGUGGAAACUCAGGAAGCCAUCAUUCAAGAACUUCCUGAAGUGGUCAAGGUCACUGAGGUGAUUACUGAAGAAGGCAAACCUAAGAAGCAAGUCACCAAGAAGCGUGUCAUCAAGAAGAAGGCCGGAAAGAAGGAACAGGUCACCGAGAUCGUCACUGUCCAAGAAGACGAUGAGUUGCCUCAAACAACUGUCACCGUCACUGAGUCCGAGCUGCCAUUCGGAGAGGUCACCGAAUUCGAACCAUCACUUGUGGAACCUCAGGAAGCCAUCAUUCAAGAACUUCCUGAAGAGGUCAAGGUCACCGAGGUGAUAACUGAAGAAGGCAAACCUAAGAAACAGGUUACCAAGAAGCGUGUCAUCAAGAAGAAGGCCGGAAAGAAGGAACAGGUCACCGAGAUCGUCACUGUCCAAGAAGACGAUGAGUUACCUCAAACAACUGUCACCGUCACUGAAUCCGAGUUGCCGUUCGAAGAGGUCACUGAAUUCAAGCCAUCUUUAGUGGAGCCUCAGGAAGCCAUCAUUCAAGAACUUCCUGAAGAGGUAAAGGUCACCGAGGUGAUUACUGAAGAAGGCAAACCCAAGAAACAGGUUACCAAGAAACGUAUAAUCAAGAAGAAGGCCGGAAAGAAGGAACAGGUCACCGAGAUCGUCACUGUCCAAGAAGACGAUGAGUUACCUCAAACAACUGUCACCGUCACUGAAUCCGAGUUGCCGUUCGAAGAGGUCACUGAAUUCAAGCCAUCUUUAGUGGAGUCUCAGGAAGCCAUCAUUCAAGAACUUCCUGAAGAGGUCAAGGUCACCGAGGUGAUUACUGAAGAAGGCAAACCCAAGAAACAGGUUACCAAGAAACGUAUAAUCAAGAAGAAGGCCGGAAAGAAGGAACAGGUCACCGAGAUCGUCACUGUUCAAGAAGACGAUGAGUUACCUCAAACAACUGUCACC